GUUGAAUCAGACUUGAAUCGGUUCCUUGAUGCAACAGACACUGGACUGUGGUGUGUAGACGCGCGAAAAUGCAGCGAAGUUAUACCUGGCGCUGAGUCGCGAGUAAACAGCUGGGCUCGAUAGAAUUUCAACGGAAAUAACUCGACGCCAUCGCAGAUCGAGGAUAAGUCCUGGGCGCCACUACAUCCCAGGAUGCAGCGCUCGUCGAUAGGUUAGGUUAUCAUCGCUCAGAGCACAUGAGCCGCAAAUCAUGGAGGACCUCGGCGAGCGGCUGCUCGAGCUGCUCCAGAACAGCGGCGACGGCGGCAACUCCGAAGAUCAACAGCAGCAGCAGCAGCAGCAGCAGGGGACGAUAGAAAUCAGCGAAAAGUCCACUACAACGUUCCUUGAAUCAGCCGACGAUGAGACUUCCCUUGUUGCCGCCACCACAUCGGCUCUGCAGGCCCUCGGCAGGAAUUUUGCCGAUGACCUGCCGAGGCUGUUGUAUCAGGAAGAUCCAACAGUUGUCGCUGCAGCGGCUGCUGCAGCUGCGGUCAAAUUCAGGUCGAACUACCUGCCGCCGAUUGGAGUUUUCUGGGACAUUGAGAACUGCCAGGUACCAAAAGGCAGAUCAGCAAUGGCAGUGACCCGGGUCAUUCGCGACAAGUUUUUCAACGGCUACAAGGAGGCCGAGUUCAUCGUUGUCUGUGACGUCCAGAAAGAAAACAAGCAAAUUGUUCAAGAAUUAAAUGACGCGCAGGUCGACCUCAUCCACGUAUCGGCGACCUGUAAGAAUGCCGCGGACGAAAAACUUCGACAGUCCAUACGACGAUUCGCUGACACACACGGCAGUCCUGCUGCUAUUAUUCUUAUCUCCGGCGACAUUAAUUUUGCUGGUGAUUUAAGCGAUUUGAGGCACCGAAAGAAAAUACAUGUGAUAUUGUUGCACAAGGAAAACACGUCCGAAGCACUAAUAUUGUGUGCCGACGAACACUAUGAUUUCACGAAACUGCUGCAGCCUCUGCCAUCCAGGACGCCAUCGAAGAUGUCCGAAUCAUACGACUUGCUGGUAUGCAAUUUACCAGACGACAAAGACGUGGUCGGCAUUAAACGCCGGCUGAAACAGCUGUCGAACAAUUGCGGGGGUCGGGUUGUGCAGGUACGCUCAAACGCCGCCGUCGUGAGAUUCUGCUCCAAGGAGUCGGCCGAUAGGGCUCAGAAGCGUAUGCACGGCGAGUACGUCUUCGACUCGAAAAUCAGCGUGAAAAAUCUGAAGGAAAAGGAAAGCUGCCCGCCGAAGAAUCGAGGGAACAGCGGAGCUCGGGAAAGUACAGCCAGCGAGUCCGAGGCAGUGAACGAGCCCGCUAAUGAGAUGUACGGAGUGGCAAGUGCAAUAGCAGGCGCCAGAAGCCUGCCCGGAACACCACACUAUCCAACGUCGUCACCGGUCGUUGGCAAUUUCUACAACUGGAAUGGAAGCUAUUGCGUUCCUCAAGGGUGUGCCAUGCCAGCGCCCAUUUUCGUCAGACCGUAUCCUCCAAACGAAGUCAACAGACAUGCGAGAAGCCAGUCUCCUCAAGUUUGGCAAAUAAGCGGCUCGCAGCAGCAGUCCCAUCGUCAUUGGGACGAACGCUGCAAAGGUCGAGAGUAUGCUGCCUCCGAAACUCCAAAUUUCCGCUCGGGAAAGGCUGGCCAGAGUCACAAUAGAAACAAUCCGUUCCCUCAGCAGCCUCCGGAUUGGAACCCACCAAGACCGCCAUGGCCGGUCUCGAAUAAUCACAAUGGUUCUGUAUAUAACCAAUCGCACAAGCGAAGAAGUCCUUCUCCGCUAUACACAUCUCAAAAUCAGGAAGCCAGUCAUUGGAAUGGCUUGAAUCAUAAUACGAGUAGCAAAAGAAGCGAUCGAACUCCGUCGCCUUAUGAUCUGAAUUCUACCGUGCCGGGCAAUGCUCAGCGCAUGGAUCGCAUCUCACCAUACAGGCAGAGCGAUGCCGAGAGCGAGGAAGUUGAAAAUUUCUUCAACCCGAUAAACAAUCAAAACAGUAAUGGAGUCGUCAACAGAGCUUACACGCCCAUCGAACUCCAAGUCACAAAUCUUGAUCAGAACAUCGAUCUCAAGGAUAUGAAGCGAAUCAUCUCCUCGGUAUUCAUGGAGCAUGUAAUGGUACUGCAGGUGUCGAUAUUUGUUCAGUCAGACGGCAACCCGAUAGCCGUCGUGAAAGUGCCUUCGCUGCCAGAAGCUCAGUACGCGAUAUCCCAGCUGCAUCGGCGCAAGAUUGGCUAUAAACGUAUCCGAAUAUCGUAUGGACACACGGGUGGACCAAAUCCACAGAUCAUCCGUUCGCAAAUCGUGAUGCUCUUGCAAGAGGUUCCUGGGCACAAGUUACCACUUUUCAAAUUCCGUGAGAUGUACGAAAGUCGCUUUCUGAUCUCCAUUAGCAUCUCGGAACUGCACAAGAUGAAGGACGUGUGUGUCAUCAGCGACGACCCAAGCGGCCGGAUGGUCUCGCUCAAUCCAGACCAUCGCAACACGCCGUCACCCUGCUUAAACGCGACAAUGGACGGCCAAAACUUAGAGUUACCAUACUGUACGAUUCACGCGCAGAAACCAUGGACCGACAAAGGAUGGGCAGAGCAGGAGAUGGCUUCGUUGCCCGACAUUAAGAUAUCUCUGAAACUUCUCACCGAGAGAGUUCACAAGCUACUGACAUCCCAUUCCGGCAGUCUUCCUUUGCCCAGUUUUCCAAGUUGCUACGAGGCCGAGUUCAAUGAAUCGUUGCAGGUCGACGAGAGCGGUGUGCCUCUAGAGCACUUGGUUUCUUGUAUUCCGACAGUUGAGCUAAAACAGGGCAUCGGUAGCGUCAAGCACAUAACUUGGUCCAGCAACAAAAACCACGAUGAGAGCCACGAUGGCACCUUUAGUGCAAUCUCAACCGAUAACAAAUGCGUGAGUCCACCUUUGGCUAACCAAUUAGCCCUGUUCAGUCGUGAACUUGUCGAUCUGUUGAAGACUGCGCCGCGCUGCCAGCUCUCGUUCAACCGUUUCAUUCCAGUCUAUCACCAUCACUUCGGUCGACAGUGUCGCGUCGCAGAUUACGGUUUCACCAAGCUCAUCGAUCUGCUUGAGGCUCUCGACAACACCGUCCAGGUGAUGGGCGAGGGUAACAAGCGCGUCGUCACGCUCUCACAUCGCGCCCAAGUGCGCAGGUUCACUUCGGAUCUGUUGCGUGUACUCAAAGCGUUAGCUAGCAAACAGGUCACGCUCUCCGAGUUUCCGAGCGUGUAUGCCAGAGUUAUUGGCAAGCCCUGGGACGUAACGGACUACGGAGUCUGCGAGCUGGACGAUAUUUUGGGCGAAGUGUCCGAGAACACAGUCAUGGUGACCAGUAUCGAUAACGGAAGUGAUCGCCUGAUCGCUAUUCCAAAACGGGAGCAGACAGUCUUGGAGAUCGAGCGUACGCGAAAAUUCGCAACCGAGGUGAUCGAGCUUUUGAAGCACGCACCUCAGCAGCGAAUGCUCUUCAACAAGUUCGUGCCGUCGUAUCAUCAUCACUUCGGUCACCAGUGCCGUGUCUCCAACUAUGGCUUUACCAAACUCAUCGAGCUCUUCGAGGCAAUUCCUGACAUCGUCAAAAUCGAGGAGGUUGAAGGCGGCGAGCGCAGAAUUUCUCUUACAGAGAAGGAGGGUGUCAGAGUACUGGGCGAACAGAUCACGAAGUUGAUCGGACGCUUCGGAAAUUCCAAUGGACAGCUGAUGGUGUCCAACGUCGCGCAAACCUUCUUGCAAGAGUUCGGAUACGCGCUGAGACCUGAACUGUUCAGCUGUAAUUCCAUGCUGCAGCUCAUGGAAAAACUCGAGGGCAUCGUUAACAUUGUCAACACGAGAAAUGGCAUUGCCGUGGUAUCGGUCGACAAGAGUCAAGUACAGCAUUUAGGUUUGGAGUGCCGCCGAAUACUGAUGGACGCGCCAAACUACUGCCUACCACUCAGCAAUUUCCAGCAGUUCUACGAGCAGCUGUAUCACAAGAAAUAUCCCAUUGAAAAAUACGCGGACAGCCUCGACACUUACAUUAGUAUUUUCAUAAUAAACAACGAGACGUACGUAAAGCUGACACCAUUGCAAGAGUUUGCUUGCAACGUACAGCGUGUACUUGUGCAGCACAAUGGUAAGGUAAAUUUCUCGCAGUUCGAGGCAGCGUACUUAAAAGUCAUCGGCACCGCUUGCCGAGCAGCCCAGUACGGUUAUCCAUCUCUCUACACACUGCUUAGAGCUUUGCCUUGUACCGUCACUCUCAAGGACAUGCGACAUAGAAGGAAGGUUGUUCAGCUCAAUAAGAAGCUUGCUGCAAUAGGAUUGCUACCAUCGAGUUACGUGAUCUCUGCAUCGCCUAAUCAGGACACGGAUUCGAGCAAUGACUCUAUCGAAACCGAUUUCAUGUCCUCCCUCAGUGCCAAUCAGGUGAAUAACUCCUCGAUGUCGAAUGAUCUGUGCAAAUGGGACAGCACUUCGAAGCAGUUCUCGCGAAACGACGAGUCGACCGGCUGGGACAAGAAGUUGAGUCAUUGGGGAACGUCUGGGACGGACAACCCGCAGAAGUGGUUAGCUCUCGAGAAUAAGAGUAACGAAAGCGGCUUCUUUGAGAGUCUCGAGAAAGUAGCGAAUACUUUCCCUCCGCCUCCGCCGAAGCCCGAUUCGCCAGAGGAACAGAGCAAAGAUAAGUCCUGGCGAUCCUCCAUUUGGUCGACUCCUCCGAACAGCAAACAAGACUUCAAUCAAGAACCAAAUUACGUAAACGUAGAGUUACCUCCGUUCACACUGUCCCCGUUAAAGAAAAUGAAUAACUACGAUUCAUCGAACCUGGUGUCACCGGCCAAGUACCUGCUACCGGCGUGUCCGAAUCCGCUGGAACCGCGCGUCUCGCCGUACUUCGGCAACACGCGCAACCCCGUUGUUGCACCGCAUCCCUCGAAACUGCCACUGCCGUCCCUGUCAUUUACGCCCAAGAAGAGCACCGCCAUUCAGCAGGACGAAGGUUGCCAGUCUUCCGCGACGGACCUUUCGUUGUCACCUGUUACUUCGAAACACGAUGCGAAUGCUAAUAAUGAGGGCAUUGAUCGAAUCAAUGACACCACCCCGAGUAAGCGCUCAUACUACGGAAAGUGUCGGCUGGCCGCUCAGUUCAAUCAGCUGCCGUUCGACUCAUAAGGAGUUGCGAUGCUACCAUAGUUUAGGAAAUAAAUUCGAAAUGUCUUUGAAAACGAUCUUUGAGAUAUCAAUAACGAUAUCAUUAGGAAGUGUUAUCGUGAAGGCAGCGCCAAGUUAUACCUUACUGUGAAUAUCAAUUUGUGUGUUUUAAAUUCUGGCUGUUUAUUCUGAAAACGUUUGCACAAUUCUCAGGCCCUCGUACGCGGCUCGAUCCGUUUACGCAUACGUAGAAUCGUUUAUUUAUUUAUUAUUACCAAUUGAUAAUUUGUUAAAACGAUUUAACUAGUUUGUAAGCUGCGAUCUCACAUGGAGUCUUUUAAUGAUACUCGUAAUUAUUUUGUCGUCGCCGAGGCUCCCAAUUUUAUCGAUAACUUUUAACUUUGAUUAAGACUAAGUUUGUAUAAAUUAUAAAAGCGGCAACUAAUGUACGAAUUUUGUUGGAAAUGUGCGUUUUAUUUUUCGAUAAUCAUGUACUAGCGAUGAACACACAUAAUGUAAAAUAAUAGAGCAAGUGAAGAAAAAGAAAAUGAAAAUUACGUGUAUCGAUUGUAGUCCAGGAGUCGGACGCGACAUAGCUUAGAUAUUUUUAUACUUAUACAUUGUAUCUUAAUGAAUGAUAGAGAAUAAUAAAAAUGAUGAAAUUUUUUGUUCAAAAAA